GAAAAUAAAAAGCUUUCUUCAUUCUUCUGACAAAAUCAUCUUCUUCCUCAAGCCUCAAACCUCAAACCCUAGAUCUUAGAAACGUAGUCGUUUUGUUUCGGAAAUGGGGGAUACGGGCACCGUAGAAGAUCGGCCUAAGAAGGCUGUGAAACGUAAGAGAGCGUGUUUGGUACUUACCACAGAAGAGAAAGAGAGUCAAAUCAAGAGCUUAGACGAAGAACUGCAGGGUCUUUUCCGGUAAUACCACGAAAUGAUUACAAGUCAAAGAUUAAGUUUUGAUAUCACCGCAAGCGGUGGUUCGUUAAACGCAUCGGUGGCGGCGUUGAUGGAGGAGAGUUCAUUACCGUUGUCGAAAUUGGUGGAAGAGAUUCACAUGAAGCUCAAGGAGAAUGAAAAUGUGGGUUUGACUUCGGCCGCUGUGAAGAGUGCGGUGGUAUGUGUUGGACAGAGAGUAAUGUAUGGAGUUCCAAAUGUUGAUGCUGAUGUAUUGGAGGAUCAUACUCAGGCUUGUCUCUGGUGUUGGGAGACCAGAGAUGUGAAGUUGCUUCCGAAUUCUGUGCGUGGGGCAUUGAAAAUUCGGCGGUUGUGUAGGAAGAAGAUUCAUGAGAGGAUUACUGCUGUUUCUGCCAUGGUAACUGCACUGCAAAAGUCAGAGAGUGAUCCUAAUGUCAUUCACGAUCUGAUGAAAGCAUCUGAAAAGCUUGGUAAAUUGUUAAGGGAGGAAGAUAUACGUAUUUUGGUGGAUAAUAUGUUAAAGAAGAGCGAUGCGGAUAUGGUUGUGAAAGAUGCCAAGCGAGAAGAGAAGUUGAUUGCCAAACAAUUAGAAAGAAAUAAACGGGAAGUUGAGAAAGAGAAAAAGAAAAUGGAUCGCGAACUACACAAGGAGAAGAUGCAAAGUGAAAAGGAGCAAAAACGUUUGCAAGAGGAGGCAGAAAAAGAUGAAAGGCGUCGUGAGAAAGAAGAGUGUGAAAUUAGGAAACAACAACGAAAGCAACAAGAAGAAGCUGAGAAAGAUCAACGGCGUCGAGAGAGGGAAGAAGCUGAAUUAAAAAAGCAACUUGCUAUCCGAAAGCAGGCCUCAAUGAUGGAACGCUUUCUUAAAAGAAGUAAAACUACUUCGUCAUGCCAGAAUGACCAGUCUUCAUGUAGAGCAAGUACAUUUGAUUCAUUGAGUAAGAAGAGUGAAAAGGUGGCUGAAGCAGUUACUGUAUCAAUGGACUAUGCUCUCUUAUCAAAUGCUGAGAUUAAUGUUGAUGAUCUUCGCAAAUCUCACUUAUCCUCUUGGCGUCAGUUUGGUCAUUCUAUUCGCUCAAAUGAAAAUCAGCAUUGGGGAAUACGUAGGAAGCCUAAGACGGCAUUGUUUAAGGAACUUAAGCUAACUAAUAACAGAGGUUUAGGUCGAGAUGAUGAUUUGUGCAUGGAGAAGCCUGUAGAUCGAUGGGGUGAACAAACUAUCGAGGAUAGAUCAUUCAUUAAUACUGCGGAUAGUUCUCCUGAUGCUAAGAAAUGCAACAAGAGAAAGCAAUUAUUGCAGUUUGAUAAGAGUCAUAGACCUGCAUUCUAUGGUAUUUGGCCCAAGAAAAGCCAUGUUGUGGGACCGUGCCACCCUUUAAGGAAGGACCCGGAUUUGGAUUAUGAUGUUGAUAGUGAUGAAGAAUGGGAAGAGGAGGAUCCAGGGGAAAGCCUCUCUGAUUGUGAUAAAGAUGAUGAUGAAGAAGGUUCAAAAGUUGAAGACGAAGAGGAAACUGAAGAUGGUUUUUUCGUUCCUGAUGGUUAUCUCUCAGAAGAUGAGGGUGUACAAGUUGACAGGAUGGAAGUUGAUUACUCUGUUGAGGAGACUAAAAGUUCUCCUAGCUGUAAGCAGGAGUUAGAAAAUGAAGAAUCCUGUGCAUUAGUUCGGCAACAGAAAUAUCUUCACAAUUUAACAGAGCAUGCUCUUCGGAAAAACCAACCCUUGAUUAUAUUGAAUCUGAUGCAUGAAAAGGCCCCGCUUUUAAUGGCUGAAAAUCUCAGUGGUACUUCUAAAAUGGAGCAGACAUGCUUGCAAGCUAUGAGCAUGCGUGCAUUCCCUGAUGGUAUCCUUGUAGAAAUAACUGUUGAUAGUAUAAGUGAUGAGGAUCAAGAGGCUUGCUUGUCAAAUGUCAAAGGCAGUACAAUAACAGUUUCAACUGUGACAACUAUACCAGAAUCAGAUUUGCCUGCAGUUGUCUCUGUUAUUAACUCAUGCUCAACAGGUAUCAAUAAGGUUGUGGAGUCUCUACAACAGAAGUUCCCUUCUGUUUCAAAGACUCAAUUAAGAAAUAAAGUACGUGAGAUAUCAGAUUUUACGGAUAAUCGUUGGCAGGUCAAGAAGGAUAUAUUGGUGAAGCUUGGCUUGUCAAUGUCUCCUGAAAAAAAUAGCGGAAGAGGAAAGAGUAUUGCCAAAUUUUUCUCAAAAAGGUGUUUGCCUCCCGAUGGUACAAGUAUGAACCCAAAUGAAAUAUCCCCCCUGUCAUCUCUGAAACCAGGUUCUGCCACGCCGGAACAGCAGAGUUGCACAUAUAAUCAUCUAUAGCUUCCCCCUUCUUGUAGUCAUGUUUAGUGGUUUUGUUUAAUCUUUCCUUUAUGGUACAAUCUUAUGGCAUGUAUCUAAAACUCCCCAGUGUAAACUUGAUAGUAAAAAGUUUUGAUUGUGGAUAAAGGAAUUUAAUGAGAUGGGGUUUGCCUUAUA